AUGUCGGGGCCGUCGCUGCUGGACACGAUCAAGGAAGACCAAACUAGUUGGACAUACGAUCACGACAUUCUGCAAAACACAUGGGAUACGUCGGCAAACGAGUAUCCAUGCAAAAAAGCGCGAUGUGACUCUUCUGGCGCGCAAGCCUGGAUGGAUAGCGAUGUGGGACAUCCUGUGAUUGACCACAGACUACUUGACGAUUUUGAAACACAACUCUGGUUAGAGAAUUUCGUCCCCUAUCACCAUGAUCACGAGUCUACAAUCCUCAUUGAUAACUUGUGGAACCUUCCCCCGCUUCCAGCCGUCUACGGCCGCCAUCGAGCUGGACAUGUCAAAGCGCUGGCGGAUAAUCAAAAUGGUGUUACAGAGCCUCCAUUGAAGAAACAACGUACCUUGAAAACAAACAGACCAUCGAAUAAUGAUUUGACCCAGCCACUCCCUAUGGCAGGGGCGCGUGCUCCUCUCGGGAGAGUUGAGGAUAAUAACGUCGGCUCAAAUCUUGACAUGAAUCCGAAUGAGUCAGCCAUGCCCAGGAAAACUACACCCGAGCCAUCGCUUCCUUCAAAUCAAUUUGAGCCGCAAUUUCACCCAGACCGACCUAGGACGGAUGUGCAACCGGACCCUGAAGCCGAAAGCUCUUCGACCAAGGAUCAGGGGUCAAUCGAACCGCUGCCGAUUGUAAUACAGGAUACGAGCGGCAAGAAACAGCCAGUCUCGUCCAAUCUCAACCAUGACACGCCCGAAAACCCAGACCAUUCACCUGAAGGCAGACAAGUGGUCCCGCCUAUGAAAAAUGAUGAUUUGGCACGUCAGAAGAGUAACAUCCAGCAAAUGGGGAACCACAAAUUAUCCAAGAUUGAACAUGGCCUCGAGGGUAACAUACAACCUAUACGAUCAACAUCAAGCAAGAGCAUGAAGAAACGGCUAGUAUCAUCCAGCCGUGGUACUUCCAAAACGACAAAUGGCCCAGAUGGAAUACAAUCGAGUCCAGCUUUUCAAAUAAUCUCCAAGCAGCAAAAGAAUAAAACUAUUGCAACCGGGGAUGAAGGACCGUCUCAGUUGGAGGCUGAACUUCAUGACAAGUCAGAUUCAACACAGCUGAUACCUAAUGAGAAAAUGAUUGAGGACACUCGGGUCCCAUCCAACCAUGAGACUUCUGGCAAAACCCAACCUUCUCCGCUUACGCAAAAGGUCAGCCCAGCGAGCCAAGUGAAGCGAAUGGAACAAGCUGAGGAUAUAGAACCGGCCAAACUGAACCCCCCGAAGUGGAUUCAACUCCGAAUGACCAAAGAGACGAGUGAAAAUGAGCAAGCUCGGGAACAAAAACUAGAGAAGCUGAUAACCCCAACAAGGGAUCAACUAUCAAGAUUGGCAGAGCCGCCUCCCAAGAUGAGGAAAGAAAUAGAUCAGAUAGCCGCCCACCUUUAUGAAAAUGAAGCUACCGAGGAUGUUUCGAGUCUUAUGGAAAAGAGAUGUGAACUGUUUCAACGCAAAGUGGAUUCCGAAAAUCAAGCUUUGAUGAGUCGAAAAGGGGAGAUAGAGACAACAAAUGAUUCUUCAAACGAAAGUUCCAAGGCACUUUCCUCCAACCUAUUGGUAGUUCAUGAUUCUGACAAGAAGACAAAGUCGCAGGCAGAUAUAACAAUGUCUUUCAACUUUUUAAUCAGAAGGAGCUAUUACGUCCUGAAGGCCAUCUCAAGAGACCUCAGGGAGUUGGGUGCCAACACUCUGGACCACAAAGAAUAUUUCGCUUGGCUCCUGGGCAAGACCCUGAGUUCAACAGCUGGUUACAAAAUCUUGACAAAGCUAGGCUCGGAAACUGAAGGAUUAUCCGCUGUCAAGCAAAGAACGAUUGAUUAUCUUUCCCUUCCAGUGAACAGCCAGAAAAGUCUAAAAGAGUCAAUCCAUUUCAUUGGAAUGUGGUUCAAAACCAACCACCCGGAUAUCUGGAAGGCUGUCGGAAACGGCGACAAGGCAUAUUGGACAUACAUGAAAAACCUGAUCGAGAAAUUUGAAGAGCAUUACGAAUAUAGAAAGAAAAUCUACGAGAAUUAUCUGACCAAUCGAGCAUUAAUGAGUUCGCCCGGCGUCAAACAGCUUUCUCUAGAUAUUCCAGCCGAGGUAACUGACCUUCUGAGCGGCUCGCUAUUAAAUUGGAGGAACCAGUUACUCGCUUGCGAACAAGAAGCAAUCAAAAAAAUUCGGUCUGUGUACAUAUUCACGGGAUCAUUGGAACAGAAAAUAAACGAGCAAAUCGAGAUUGAAAACUCUCCGAUUUUCAUUUCGAGAAAAUUCAGCAUCAAGCACAACGGGCACGUUUUCUUUGUCGGUGUUGUGCCACAAUAUGAAACAAAACAAAGCAUUUCAUCCGAAAUGGUCGAAAAGAUGCAACUGUUGCUCUUACCUUCUCACCGAGUUUUCAAAGCGAUCAGAUCCUCAGUGCAAGGACAAAAAACAUUCCCGGAUAAGUAUUAUCGCGACAGGUUCUUCAGGUGGAUGUUUGGAACCAUGACUGGAUUUGAACGAGAUACCCGCUUGCCCAUUAUAGGUGUUUAUCCCAGAAACAAUCUGGCUGCUUUCAAUUUCUCAGAUUAUUCUGAUGUUCAAAAGUUCGUGAUCAAACAGCUGUGCCAACCACGAAGUACAGAACAGCUUUGGAAUGCCGGCUUGCAACUCUUAGCAUAUUGGUUUAGAGAGAUGACGCCCGGCGCAUGGACGGUUCGAUUUGAAGAAAAAGAAGACACUUUUUGGAACUAUGUGUUUAAGUUACUGAAGGGAUUGGAACAACAACCUACCUAUUUUGCAUCGCAAUAA